AUGUGCGUCCCUGUGUUUGGGGGCGAUGACGGAAUCCCAAGAUCCGUCGGCAAGAUUGGGGAAGGCGAUGUCCCCAACAUGUGCGACGGGAUUGGGGAAGGCGGCGCGAGCUCCGUGCCUAUCCUAAAGAUGUGUGACGAGAUUGGGGAAAGCGGCGCGAGCUCCGUGCCUAUCGCCAAGAUGUGCGACGGUGGUACAAGACAGAAGGAACCCGUGAAACUAGGGGCUGAUGGCGGUGACGGGAGCCCGGAGCACGUCCUCAAUAUUGGGCGUAGUCGCCUUCGCGUCGAUCACCUCGGCCAGUUGUAUGUCCUUGACUCCGAAGAUGAAGGCAUCGGCAUGGAGGCGGGACUUUAUGUCCCUGAUUCGGAGGAGGAAGAUGGACAUGGCAGUGGCUGUGAUGUUGGUGGGCGCUACAACUGUGGACGUGCAGUGGUGGCGUCUACAGCCAGCAACAAGUCCGAGAAGAUGACCAUGGCCGCAAAUCCGGUCAUCCAGGCUACCUCGGUCUAG